AUGAAGCAAAAGCUAACAGAGACUAUGGCGAAUAAUCACAACAUCCCCACUGUCGGCGAGUGGGAGCUAGACCUCCUAACUCGUCUCCGAGUCCAGCGAGAGCGACGGGAACACGCCCGAACACAAAUACUGCUAGAAGCCGAUCUCCUAAUCGACAUGGCACAAGGAAUCAUGGCCACGGCUCACCCACAGCCUCUCGCCGCUCACAAUAUGCUGUGGGCACUACAGCAUCGUAUGAGUAUUUUGCGUAUCGAAUGGAUUGGGCUGGAUAACGAUGAGGAAUACGAUAUGGGGCUGGAGCAGUGCAUCUGGGCACGCUGUCGCUGA